CAUAAAUUAAAUAGUGCAGAUAGGGUUUUGUCAUGCUGAGGCUGAGUGGUUGCCUUCUAUACCUCCUUUUACUUUGUCUUGUUUAUCUUGUUUUAUUUGGGUGACGUGAAGUCACGAGAAUGGCUUUCAGGCCUGUACCUCUUCUUCUAUUGCCUUCUCUUCGUUUGAUAUCCCUCUUUAUAACACCUUUUACUGUCAUUUUUUAAGGUCCCUUUUGCCUUGUGAUCAUUGAUCUUAAUUUGCCCUAUCCCAUUCCAUAUUCUUCAAUAAUCUCUUCUCUCUCGCCAUGACUCAUGUUUAUCUGAAAACAUCACCCUCUUCUUUUGAACUUGAUGGAGAGCAAAACGAUGAACAACAUCUGCGGCUGUUUCUGUUAUCAUCAAACGCACCACCUUCUUCUCUCUCAUGCCCUACUUCUUUUAGCCCACCUGAAGUUCAAAGGCCUAUUAUUGAAGAGUCACAACAACCUGAUCAGAUGGCAAGAACACGUGAACUUACUAAAACUGUUAACCAGUUCACAGCUGACGGAGGAUCAAGUGAUGUGCAUGCAGUUUCAUCUUCUUCGCUUCAACCAAUGAUGGGCGAUGUAACCGAUGGAUAUAACAUGUGGCUGCGUACAAGAGAGACAACAGAAGGAAAUAUAAGCACUGAAAACAGUUCAUCUAAAUGGAUGUCCUCGAAGAUGAGACUAAUGCAGAAAAUGAUGAACUCGAAUUGCACAACAGAAAAAUCUGUCAGCCAAAGACUUCAACAUCAGAUUCAUGAUUCUAACGAACCCAAUUCUUCUAAUAACAGCAACAACAGCAUUAGAGUCUGCGCAGACUGUAACACCACCACCACACCCCUUUGGAGGAGCGGCCCUCGUGGUCCCAAGUCACUUUGUAACGCUUGUGGGAUUCGUCAAAGGAAGGCAAGAAGGACCAUGGAAUUAGCUGCAAACGGCGCAGUUGCAGCCACUGAGCCCAAGAUGAAGUGGCAAAACAAGGAAAAGAAAUCACUUAAAAUCCAUAUUGCCCAUCAUAAAAAACAAUGCAAUAAGUCUCCUGAUCCUCCUCAUAAUCAGUCCCAAAGAAAGCUUUGCUUUAAGGAUUUUGCUCUAAGUUUGAGGAAAAACUCUACUCUUAAACAAAUGUUCCCGCAGGAUGUUGAAGAAGCUGCAAUCCUGCUAAUGGAGCUGUCUUGUGGAUUCAUGCAAAGUUAAUCUUGUUUUGAUUGGCAUUUGAAUUUGUUAAUUAUUUGGACUGUUUGCUUGAGAAAGAAAGAGAGAGAUUAUAAUGUUUUCAUAAUGUGGCAAACUGAAACGAUGGUUUGCUUCGCUAUAGCUCAUCUUGUACUAAUCCAAAUAACAUCAUAAUAAUGCUAUCUGAUUAAUGCUUUUCAAGUUUAAGCAUUUCUAA